CUUUCCGGCGGUGACGACCUCCCUACGAGAACAUGCCUCUCGCAAAGGAUCUCCUUCAUCCCUCUCCAGAAGAGGAGAAGAGGAAACACAAGAAAAAGCGCCUGGUGCAGAGCCCCAAUUCCUACUUUAUGGAUGUGAAAUGCCCAGGAUGCUAUAAAAUCACCACGGUCUUUAGCCAUGCACAAACGGUAGUCUUGUGUGUUGGCUGCUCCACUGUACUCUGUCAGCCUACAGGUGGAAAAGCAAGGCUGACAGAAGGAUGCUCCUUCAGGAGGAAGCAGCACUGAAAGCCCCUGAUUCAAGAUGAGUGGGAACGUUCCCAAUAAACACAUUUUGGAUAAAAAAAAAAAAAAAA